AUGUGUCUAGAGGUGUCUAGUGGUUAGUGACGUGUUGGUGAAGCGCUGUGAGCUUACUUAUAUUUUUAGAAGGUAUAAAAUGAGUUCUCGUAGGCGCUAGUGUGCUAUUUCGCUACUGAAACUGAAACGACGUGCCUUUUUGUCGUUCGACGCCGUAAUAAAUGUAAACACGCACAUGCCAAGUAGUCGCGUUGCGUGCUAGUAAAUAGCGUACCUACACAUAUGUACAUAUAGUAGUUAUGAAGUGAAACAGUUUGAAAUUUCAUUUACACCUGUGCGAGCAGCUGAAGUGAACGCGUGUGUUUUACGCAAAAAUUACAUAUAAACAUAUAUACAAAUGCAUAUAAUAUCUGAAACUAUUUUUAAAAUAAAACUACAAGAUUUACAAUAAUCAAUGCAUGCUGCUGGGAGAGAAUACGAGUAUUUGCUAAAAAUGCAGACGAAGCAACACGAUUCACAAAAAAAUAAAUCAAGUUAACACAUACAAGUGACACGGCAUACAUUUGUACUUCAUAUGUACACUCUUAUGCAUAAGAUAUUUCAGCAGUUGUUUGCCGAUUUCGGUGCAUAUUUUGUUAGUGUGCUCGCAUAAUCUGUGCUUCAACGACCAGCUGUUUCAUAGCUGCACUGCCUGCCCAGAUCUGCUAUUGCUUUUGUUACAGUAGAAUACCUGCGCUCGUGUGUUGUGCGGCUGACUUUUCACCCGGCAAAGUUCGUUGGUGGCUAUAAAUACGUAGUCUGUUUUUGGCUUACGUACGUACUUAUGGGCAAAAAAAAAAAACAUAAUAAUACAUUUCUACAAUUGUUUUUACACAACUGUUGUACGUUUGUGAAUGUCAUGGAAUUUCUUAAUAAAACUUAAUCAAAAGUAAUCAAAAAGUAUUGACGUGUGUGACUGAAACAUUUCUUCGUACGUUACUAGAAAGCGAAAACAAAUACAUAUAUACAUACGUAAGUUGCAGCGCGACAAAUCGCUUGGGAAGCGGAAAGGGGAAACAUACAUAACAGCAAUUUCUUUUAAAAAACAAAACAAAGGCCAAAUUACAAAAUAGACGUACAAAAAUUUAUAUAACCAUACUACGUACUCAUAAACAAUUGGCAUAAUUUUCGCAAAUGUUAAUCAUGAAUAGAAUUUACCAGUUCUUUCGUCACAAUCACGUCCUGGCCAUAUGCGAGGAUGCCAUUGACAACAAAUCGUUUACGUUGAAUUUGUCACGUUUCGAGAUGCCUGAUGUGCCUGAUUUGGUGGCAAAGUGUCCAAUACUGCUGAAACUCUUCCUCAAUAAUAAUUAUUUGACCAAGUUGCCUCCCAUUAUUGCCAAUUUGUCACGGCUGCAGGUGCUAACAUUGGACUACAAUCGUUUGGAUAGCUUCCCCGUGGUAAUCUGUCAACUGACAAACCUGCAUAGUUUAAAUCUUAGUUGUAAUGAAAUAGACAAACUGCCACCAGAAAUCGGACAUCUAACACAGCUGCAAGUAUUUUGGUGCAAUAAUACGGGUCUUUUAGAAAUUCCCGAGGAAAUCGGCAAUUGCCAUCGCCUAGAGACGUUCGGGGCACGUGGCAAUAAGUUAAAGUGUUUACCAAACAGUAUGGGUUUGCUAACGAAUUUGCGUUGGUUGACUUUCGAAUCCAAUGAACUGACUGAUGUACCCGCCACAUUGGGUGCACUCUCCAAGCUGGUGCAUCUGAAUUUCAAGAAUAACUUGCUCACCACCGUGCCCGCUUGCCUGUCACAUAUGCAUAAAUUGCAAUAUGUUUUUCUCAAUAAAAAUCGCAUAGAGACAAUGCCCGCUGAGGAAGAUCUGUUUAGCACACGUUUUGUGCGUAUGCUGAAUCUUAGUGAAAAUCCAAUAUGCAACUCAGCGGAAGCACGCCAACAGCUUAGGGAGCAUAUGCAUGUGCAUUGUGAAGAGUAUUUAGAUGUAGGCGAGCAACAGCGUCUGGCAACGCGUGAGCAAAGUGAAGAUGACGACGAGGAUGAUGGUGAUAUGAACUCCGAUUGGGAGAAUAGUAUAGCAACUAGUGAUUUGGAUACAACAGAUGAGAGUGGUCCCGAAAAUGACUUUGAGGAUAUUUCCAUGCUAAUACCUGAACUUUCACGGUACAUAACAAAUUUCACAUGAAUCGUGUAUAUCUUAAAGGACUUAAGCGUACUUUUGUUAGACGCGCUGUACUCACAAACGUACAUAUAUACAUACAUAUCUAAAAAAUAUAUUCAUAUGACUCAAUGUUGGUAUUGAAAUUAUGUGAUAACUUCUACAAUUUUAAAACUAUACAAACAAAAAAAAAACAUUUUAACUUUAUUUUAAAAAACAAAAUGUUUUUUUAUUGAACUAUAAGAAGAGUAGGAUGCGUACUCAUAUGAAAUGCAAUCACAUUUACAUUUACAUUUACAUUCACAUAUUGUUAUUUUUGCACAGCAAAACUUUGCAAUGAUGCUCUGUCAAAAGUUGCACCAUCGACAGUCAUACUGAGGAAAACGUCAACAAAAGGAAGUUGGAAACAGCGUACUGCUGGCGCUUAAUGCCAGCAAACUUAAAACUACUUCAGUAAAAAUUAUUGGUUUGUUUGUUUUUAAAUUGGUUUUGCGGCCUGAGUUGUUGUUGGCUUUUUUUUGUGAAGCUUAGCCAGACAUCUUUUU